AUGGCUCCCUUAGUUUGCCGAGUCGUCGACAUCUUCAAUAUUGGCGUCAAAGGGGUGCAUGUGCUCCUCGAAUGCCGAGAUGAAUUCUAUCACUGCGUUGCGCGACUGGACGCCAUGACGGGAGAUGAUGGAUGGAUCUGCGCUUGGCUUCCCAUGAUACACCCUCUAGACGAUGACAUUGAGCCCCAGAUCGUGGAUACUAAGGAUGUGCCGCGGGUAUCUCUGGCUUUCAUACCGCACUCUCACCCCGCGGCUCCCUGGUUGAGCAUACGCGCAGAUCUUUACCUUUCAGGCAUGGCUUGCCAUGGGGUGAUUCUUCAUCUUGAAGAAAGCCCGCGGCUAGAAUACUUAGCGCAGUCGGCCAUGGACUCCACAGACAGGGCGGGCGUGGCGCCGCAAAGCCGAGACCUUCGAACGCCGUCGCCUUUUCUAUUAUCAUCGCCUAUAAUUACCCCUGCUCAGGGCUAUGAGGCAUCAGAAGACCAAUCGGAUGCGACCAGAGAGAUAGCCGCCGAAAAAUCGACUGCUGGCCGGAAGAGGAAGUUGGAAUUGGCAUCGGAAAAAAGAACUAGAACUACAAGACGGCGCUUGGUGUAA